AUGUGUUCUUGCAUUGCGAGUGGGCUCAGCGGUGCUGGUUCUCUUCGAAUUUGUGUCUACGUUCUGCAGAUGUUCCUUCCCUCAGAUCAUGGUUAUCUAGAGUGGACACAAGCUAAUGCACACCGGGAUGGUCAAGGAGUAGCGUCUAUGGGGGCUCUGGUGACCUUAAACGCGGGCUGGAAAGUACCUGAUGCUGGGGUGUUGAAGGUUAACGUGGAUGCUGGUUGGUUGGGGAGUGGAGGUAUGGGGCUAGCCUUGGUGGUUCGCGAUCAUGUGGAGGAAUGCGUGUACGCUGAAACAUGUUUCCAUGAAAACCGGUUGGAUGCGUCCCUAGCAGAAGCUACAGCGUUGCGGUGGGCGAUCGUGAGGAUUCAAGCUCUGGAGAUGGAGACCGUGGUGGUGGAAACAAGUGCGUUGAACGUGGUGACUGCUUUCAAUAGGGAGGGAAGCUGGGCGGAGCUGGAACCGGUGAUCAAGGACUGUCGCAUGCUUUUUGCCAUCAUUCGAGCCUUUAAGCUUCAACAUGCCAAAAGGGAUGCUAAUGAAGUGGCUCAUAUUUUGGCAUCAUUAGCAAUAGAUUUUCCAAAUAGAUGUUGGUGGGAGGAUUUUCCUUCUCAAAUUAAAUCUGUAUUGUUAGCUGAUGUUUUUUCAGUUAUGAAUUAA